CGUCACAAGACGAAAACGCAAUUUCACUUCAGGUUCACAUCGGUGCAAUCCAAUGAGAUUUUAGGUUAUUUGUUUCCGUGUGGGCUGGAAUUUAGGAUUUGAACCGUUGAAUGCUGCUAUCUUUAUUAUUUAUAGCUACUCUUUCCUUGCAUCUAGGAGUAAUAUGCUGAAUGAAACCAUACUUGCAGCAAAAGACCACUUGGAAAAAAUAUAGAAAAUUGGAUUGCAUUGAGUCCCGUCGUCUUGUCCUGUCGUUUUACUUGUAAUACUUCCAAGGUUUGCUGAUUGAAACUUCUUGGACAAACUCUUUAAAUACAAGGGUAUUAUCAUUCCCUGUUAAUCAAGAAAGAAAUGGGUAGUCAAAGAGGAAUCGUUAUGGUAUAUUCAAUAAUAACCUGGUCUUUAGUUGUGUUUCUUGCUUGUAGCACAGAAGGCGAUGGACAUUAUGUCGCACCCGGAUAUCACCCUCUUGGAUGCUACAGACAAGAAGAAGAAACCGGCUUUGUAUCUUCUUUGCGUCUCCCUGGUGGAGUCACAAAAGUAAAAAACAGCACAAUGGAAAUUCAAAAAUGUGCUAGGGAAGCAGAAAAGUCAGGCUAUAGAACAUUCGGUGUCAAAGAAUACGCAGAAUGCUUUGGAUUGAGCAGCGUCUUCAUCGACCAAUUUUUAAAGAAAGAAAAUGACUGUAAAGAUGGUAUGGGUAGGAAGAACAGUUAUUUUGUCUACAUCUUCAAUAGAUUUAUGAAAACAACUAAUACACCAUCAGCACCUCGGAGAACAGGAACUCGGACGAAAGUACACGACCCAAACACACUUAGCACACAAGCACCUCCAGCAACACUUCGAAACAAAACGCCUCCAAAAGCUUCGUCACAAAAAUCAACAUUCAUACGUAGAACUACUACACUGCGGCCAACAACAUCUCGGGAAGCGAAAACACGACCUACAUCUUGGGAAACGACAACGUUGAAAACUGCAUCACAAACUUCAUCAACUGUGUUACGUAGAACCACAGCAUUGUGGCCAACAACAUCUUUGAAAGAAAAAACACGACCUCCAUCUCGGAAACCAACAACGUUGAAAACAACAUCGCGAGAAUCAACAGUCAUACGUAGAACCACAACAUUUUGGCCAACGACAUCUUGGGAAGUGAAGCCAAAAACUACACCUUGGAAAACAACAACGCCGAAAACUACAUCGCGAGAAUCAACAGUUAUACGUAGAAAUACAACAUUUUGGCCAACGACACCUCGGGCAGUAAAGCCCACAACUACACCUUGGAAAACGACAAUAUGGAAAACUACAUCGCGAGAAUCAACAGUUAUACGUAAAACAACAACACUGCGACCAACAACACCAAACAAUAAAGAAAAUAACGGUAGUAUUGAAAUCCCACACUAUCAGUACAUUGGAUGUUUUAAAGAUACAUGGGCGCGUGCCAUGCCUGAAGCUCUUGGACUUGGCUGGCCGGAAGGAAAUCUUGCUUCAAUAAAGAAAUGUGCCACGAUCUCGUGGAGUAAAGGGUACCAAGUAUUUGGCGUUCAGUACAAUGGGCACGAAUGUUGGUCUGGAAUGAACGCAAGUCUUACAUACUCCAGAUAUGGUAAUUCUACUGGAUGUUCAAAUGGUAUUGGUGGACACUGGGCCAAUGACGUCUACGCCUUCGUUUCCGUAAAACCCAUUAUUACCAGUUUGCCAGAGCCCAAGAACGUUAAAUCUGGGACCAAAGUGACAUUAUUUUGCAAAGUAUCAAGCUCUCUUCCUUUAGCUAGUAUCAUGUGGUACAGAGGAACAAAUAAAAUUCCCACCAACAUUGUAACAAUGGACGUUCAUAAACAGGGUUAUUACUGGUGUAAUGCAAGUAAUAUACCACAUGGACCAGCACAAAGUGAAAGACUUUUACUUGUUGUUACAGAUUACUUCACGUCUGUUAUAAAUUUCAAGGCAAAGGAAAACAAGGCAAAGAAUAACAAGGCACAGAAUAACAAGCCACAGGACCCUUGUGAACAAAUUGCUAAAUAUCUCUCAAGCAAAGAUAAACCAAGAGAGUAUAAACAUGCUAAAARUACAUUAAAUAGGUGGGAGGAGUCUAACAAACUUAUUGCGUUGAAAUGUGUUAUCUAUGGAAAGAAGAAAAACCAAGACGAAGACUUGGACGACUAUUAUAGAGAACUCGUGGGGAAUCUCACAGAAGGAGCGAAGAAGAACAAGAUAGAAGGCUUGAAGAUAGACUGGAAAUCAAUCUUGGUGAAAGACACAGGAAUGUGUAUAAAGGAAACAACAGGCAAGCAAAAUAUCAAAGGUUCCUUUACUUGGCAAUCAACAAAAAUAGGCGUCUUAGUGACUGUCGAGUGUCCUUUGGGACCGAAUGGGUCGUCUGUUACGAGAAGUUGCAGCGGGGACUUCGAUACUGGUGCUAUGUGGACUGACCCAAAUGAUGACAUCUGCACAUACAAGUCAAAGAAAACUGAGGCAAUAAAUAACUUAUCCAAGACGAAAGUUACCCCUAACAAUGCCAAAGAAGUUGCUAAGAACUUCACGAAGGUGUUCAAAUCAGGAUCUGCUAAAGACAUGUCUGAGGCUGAUGCCGAUCUUGCUGCAGACAUGGUGGAUAACAUCUUAUCGGUAGAAGAUCAGUUGAACGAGACUGCUCAUUCAGUUGUCGAAAUUAUUGAUAAAAUGAUGGAGAUGAACGUCUCAAAUCUCAAAGCAAAUGCUUCUUCGAGAAUUAUUAAAGCGUUGGACAAAAUUGCCGAAAAAAUUCCCUUGGAAAAUGGUACACCAUCAAGGGUGUUGAAUAGUACAAACCUCGCCAUACAAGCAAAUGAAGUGAAUUUCUCCACGUUCAAAGGCCUUGGAUUUGGUAUCACUAAGAAUGGGGACGGUGGCAAAAGUGUUGUAACAAGUGAGGAGCAGACUAGCCUCUUCGUUAAAAUACCAAUGGCCGCAGUAGAGAAUUCCAACAAAAGUUCUCCCAUUCGUAUUGGCUUCAUUUAUUUUGCCAAUCAUAAGUUWUUUACUGAGAAAGAUGAAGAAGACGAAUCAGGGGUUGAAAGGACACCCAGUGAUGAGGUUUUAUCCAGCAGCGUUUUCAAUACAAAUACUUCAAAGUUGUCCGAAAAUGUAACUCUAUCCUUUCCAAGAACUGAAAAAAAAGACUUGCAAAACUCAUCAUGUGUCUACUGGGAAGAAGGAGCACGACAAUGGUCGAACGAAGGAUGUUCCCCGUGUAACAGUGAUGGCGAAAACAAAGACAGUGUAAAGUGCUGCUGCAACCACUUGACAAGCUUUGCAGUUUUAUUUUCACCACAGAAUAAACCUCUCGCCGGUCAAGAUAUGCAAAAGCAUGCAAGAAUCCUAAGUAUCAUCAGUUAUGUUGGGUGUGGUAUAUCUCUCGCGGGCGUGUUGCUAACUUUCCUUACUUACUCAUUAUUCAGACACCUGCGCAAAACAAACCAGCAGCCGAUUCUGAUGAGCUUAUGCGUUGCCAUAGCAUUUUUGCUCAUAGUGUUCGCUGUGGGCGUAGACAGAACCAGCGAUCAACGUGGAUGUCAAAUAGCUGCUGCACUUCUUCAUUAUUUUACCCUUGCAACGAUACUAUGGAUGGCAGUCGAGGCCUACAAUCUCUACCUUCAACUCGUCAAAGUUAUGGCGAUAUACCAUCGGAAGUUCAUGCUUAAGGCGUCUAUUUUUGCCUGGGGUGUGCCUGCUCUUAUCGUGACAGCCACAGUUGUUGCAGCAGUGAUUGAAUACAAUGCAAAUGAAGACAGCGAUCGAGUAUUUUACUAUGGGAAUAAAAAAGUGUGUAUUCUUCACAAUUACACGUACAGAAUGGUUUCGUGGUUCGUACCCAUUCUUGUUACAAUUGUCUUCAAUUUGGUCAUAUUCAUACUUGUCAUCUAUAAACUCAACUGCACCGGGACCAUGGUACCUGUGGACACCAAAUCAAACCAGAAGAAACGCUGUUGGACCGCCUUUGCCAUUAUGAGUCUGCUUGGCCUUACUUGGCUAUUUGGUGCGCUCGCACUCUCAGGUGCAAGACUUGCCUUCGAGUAUCUCUUCUGCAUCUUUAACUCAUUGCAAGGGUUCUUCAUAUUCUUUUUCCACUGCGUCAGAAUCAAAGAAGUGCGGAACCAAUGGAGCUUCUUUGUUAGUGGCUUAGGAUUCAGUCACAAGGAAAGUGAAACUUCGCACCAAAGAUCGCGUGGGUUUGGGGAGAGUCACCAUAGCUCAGAGGCGCCUUACAUUAAAGUAAAAAACUGGAUUCUACGGAAAGAUAGCAACAGUGAUCAGCCCAAGCGUAAAACUACCAUGUCUUCUGUUGUUGAUGACAAAAUUGUGCAUGGAAAUGUCUGUGAUGAAAACAAGAUCGACAUAGAACUACACGAAGUUAGGGAUCCGCAUGAAAAUGAUGCUUUGGAAGACAGCGAUAAUUCCAAAACACGAGACUCGAGCCGAGGCUCGAGCAAAGCAUGAACUAUCAUUUAAAUCUUGAACUCAAAGAACUGCGGAAAAAACCCGACACAUCCCCAUACACCCACUCUUUAACUAAACAACCUUAAAAAUCGAAUUGUUUAUGAAUACCACAGUGCUGAAAAUAAUGCAAACCUAUUCACAAUAAGAUUACGUUCUUGGACACUAAUGCUAUAAUCGUAAAUAGAAAUUUCUUAUUUCAAUAAAAUAUCUAAUUAGAAAAGCCACAAAGCAGAGGCCGUUGAAGAUUAUGUAAAGAUACUAAUUAAUUUGCGAUUACACCCUUUGGUACAAAUUGUAGCUUAAAGAUGCUCACAAGGGGUCGCUACAUUUAAGUUUUAUCUACCAAUGAACAUACUCCUAGCCAGUCUUAUCUUAGUAGUUAUUAAUACUUAACUUUGUAUUAAAAAUAAGUGCUGUAAAAACCAUAAGGUAAGCUCAUAGGACAGUACAAGAAGCCGCAAAUAUAGGAUAUGUAUAUAAACAUGACCGGAAUCAAGAUCUAACCUAGACAUACAUAUAUAUUGUUAAAUAAAGACUCGACAAUGAAUCCUUCGAAAAAUCCAGUAACAAGCCAUAUAGAUCAGCAUAUAUACAUAUACGCAGAAAUAGUAAGUGAGUUAAAAUUCAGCAGUAGCAUACUUCCUAACUAUCACAGUAGAUGGGUGUGCCACAGGGGCCGAUCCAGGAUUUUGUUCAUGGAGGGGUGCUGCGCACAAAGCUAGCCCAGGGAGGGGUACACCUCUUUAAAUCAAAGGGAAAAAACAUUAUUUUGUAUUGGUUAUCUUCGAAAAAGGGGUCAAAGUCUUACACGCCAGGUAGGGCUGCGCACCCCCAUGUACCCCUCCACUGGAUCCGCCCUGUGCCACCCAUUUAAGUUUCCCUCUAGCUUUGGUGCACGCUGUAAAAAUUCGCAUAUUGAUCACAAAUUAUGAGACUCCUACAUAAAUGGUAAAUAUGGAACAUGGAAAGAAAUCUUGUUAUAUUUUCUUCAAAUGAUGCCCCCCAAUUCAAAAAAACAUGUUAACAAAUGCUUUAGCUGAAAGGACUGUCACAUGAAUUAGCCUCAGGAAUAUGAAUGUCUAUAAUAAUUAUCUGUUAUGUUAAUGAUUCAGA